GAGUUCCGCGGCAGUUAGUGUUAUUCCUAGUUUUAACUCCAACCACGAUGCACUGGUUCCUCGCCUAUGCGGUUGUCUUGCUGGGCACCGUUGCCCUGAGCAAUCAGCAGGGGAUGAUUAGUGUAAACACCGGCACGACUGACAUUGACGAAGCAGUUGGAUCGGCUGCUAUUCCGGACAAGGGAUUCAUUACGGACACUGUGGUGGGAAGUGGAGACCCAAAUAUUAAGCCUCCAAAGGGACUGCCUUCGACAGGAGGUGGGAUUACCAUCACCAGCAACAGCAAUGUGAAUACUGGCGAUAAGACCAAUGUGAUUAGCACCAAAAUUCAAGAUAUUAAACUGCCGUCACCACCACGACCACCGCCACCGCCGCCGCCUCCUCCGCCACCGCCACCACCACCGCCUCCGCCACCACCUUCGUCCCCACCGCCGCCACCACCACCGCCGCCGCCACCACCUUCACCUCCACCGCCGCCACAGAAUCCAAAUCAAUGGCCAGCUCUUCCUGAACCUACUCCCAUCUCCUCAAUCCCGCCCCUAGGGAAAACGUCAUACCCCAAUGUCAAUUCAAGGGAAGUUCAAGAUAAUCCGCCCGAUCCCGCCCCUAUGGGGAACAUCCAGGUCGGACUCUAAUGUCGAUUAUUCAAGGAGACUUCAAAAAAUUAAAAAGCCGCCACCGAAACCAACUAUAUGGCCAGCUCUCCGUAAACCUAAACCUAUUCCUCUUAUUAAGCCCAUCCCCCCAAUCCCGCCCCUA